AUGGAUGUCGCUCAGUUCACCAGUCUCAGUCCCAGCUCCCUCAAAGCAGAGGACACGGCUCGUCGAGUGAAAUGUGACGAGGCCAAGCCGCAUUGCCGACGAUGCCAACAGGGCAAACGCUCCUGUGAAGGCUACCCUGAAGGAGCGCCUACUGCCCAAGAGCAGACGGAGCAGACGGCACACACGGCCGUUACGCUUUCUGUCCAUCUGGGGAGCCUAGGUGGCCUCAAUCUCCGCGAGCCCACACAGCUAGGACCGGACCCAGAACUUGAGCGUCUACGGCUUUUGGCCUGCACCGUGUUAUCACAAGGCCGGCCUGGUGCAAGAACCGAAGCGGAGACGGCCUUUUGGAGUCGUCUGGUGCCCCAGCUCGCACUGUCCAUCCCGAGCGUGCGAGAGGCGGCGGCUGCUUUUGCAGCGUCUUACGAGCAACAGAUGCUGAAAAGAUGUGCCGGUGCCGCCAAGUUCAAGGCAUUGCACCAGAUCACGGCCGCCAUCGCGAAAAUCCGACACGAUGUCAUUCGGCUCCCUCACGGCCCUCUGCCGGUCCUUGUAGCCUGCAUCCUGUUGGCCUGUGCCGAGACAAUCCAGCACCGACACACGGAUGCCCUACUUCAUCUGCGAGGCGCCUUCUCGGUCAUGAACUCCCGCGAAUGGCUUGCCGCCAGGCCUGCGAACAGCAAAGCCCUGCUCGACGAUGACCUAUCGUGUCUGUUUGGAAAAUUGGACCUGCAAGUCAUCACCUACGCGCUGGCAAACCCCGCAGAGCUCCAAAUCCCUGUUGCACCGGGUAUGGAACCCGACGUUGUCACGUUCACUCCGCAACAAGCUGAUCGGGAGCUCUUCCGGACGUUGCACGCUUGCUACAGUUUCGCCACAAUAGCCGCUCAAUGCAAAUAUCGCCCUCGCGCAGCCUCUCGGGAUUCGCUGGUGCUGGAGCAAGGCCGUCACAUUGCCGGACUGACCCGGUGGCUCUCGUGUUAUCGACAAUACUCAAAGAUGGACCACGAGAUUUCACCGCUCAACAAACUGCACGGACUCGUGCUUCAGGCACAUUGUCUCAGUGCGCUCAUCUACAUCUCGAAUAUCCUCGAACCAUUCGAGACGGCAUACGACAAGUUCGCUCCACAGUUUCGACAGCUCGUCGGCUGUGUCGAGCAAGCCAUGACUGUCAAACCCACCGAGGCCGAGAUGCCCACCUUCAACGCUGAGAGGGGAGUCAUCCAGCCUCUCUUCUUCACGGCUAUCAAGUUUCGUGAUUCGGUGUGGCGGGCAAAAGCGACAUCCCUACUUCGGAAAUGCGGGAGAGAAGGCCCAUGGUCCGGGUCCGUCGAGGGAGCUGCUGCGGAAUGUGUGGUGCGAGCGGAAGAGGCAACGGCCUCUCAAAUAAUAGCCAACGCCGCCUCGUGCGUGGUGUCAUCGUCGUCGUCGGCGUCCCAACCCGUGUUUCUUCCUCAGGAUGUUCCCGAACAGGCACGAGUAGCCGGACAUUCUCUGUUCGAAAUCGUCGACGAGGACUCCUCGGGCGAAAUGUCGGCGGUCAUCGAGAUGUCCCGAUGCCGCGACAUGCACGCGCUGCUGCUUGACGAGUCGCCGGAGCCUGAUGCCAAAAAACACUGGCUGUACUGGAAAGAGACAUGCCGGCUUUCGCUCGCCUGA